UUCCUGAAGUCAUGUUAAAUGACUUGCCUGAUGAGACUAAAAAUAUGUACAAAUCCAAGGAAGAAAAUCAAAUUCUGGUGCUGCUUUCGCCAAAUCAUUUUCUCAAGAUGGCCUGGUUACAUAAACAGAAAAUGAAAGGCAUUUACACAGAAAACAUCUAUGAAACAUUCGAUAGCUUUAUAACGAGGGUUCUGGACAAGCAACCUCUCCGAGCAGCCACGUUAGCGGUCAUUGGACUGGAUACUUACACAAGGGAAAAAGGCCUUUACAGUCCUGUGAAGCGACCGAAGAAUUCAGAAAAGGAGAGCAUUGAAGACUCAGAGUCUUGGGUCAGCAGGGAGCUUGGAUUGACUUGUGCAGAUUUGGAUGAGGUGCAGGUGGCCUUACAGCUGCAAACACACACAACUGUUUGGUUUUUAGAGAACUGGCAACAAUUUGCUGAUCAUAUCGCAACACUUACAAAGGCAAUCGCCCGAAGUCCUUUCAAAAAGCAGACAGAAAAAAUGACCUUCUCGUUCUGCCCUGAUGGGACGUGGUCCACUGGUGUGAAAGUGGAUAAGGAUGGAAAGGGCCUCCUGAAGUUAUGGAAAAAACAGCUUCAGCAGCUCAACAGGAUCACCCAACCAGUGGCAAUGGCUAUAGCACAAGCCUAUCCUACACCAAAGCUGCUCUUGCGGGCUUAUAGACAAUGCAGCACAGAGUGGGAGAAGCAGAAUCUUCUGUCAGAGGUUAAAGUGUAUGCUGCAGGAAAACGCGUGGAUCGACGAGUUGGACCGGAUAUAUCACGCAGGUUGUAUAUUUUCAUGACUUCGGAAAACUCGGACAUAGUUUUGGACAAAAGUGGUUAAAUACACGGAUCAACAAACCAG